UCCCGCCCACCUGUCAGUGACAAAGGCACAUGUUUGACCAAUCACUGUGCGUAGAGCAGGCUUCGCAAAGUGUCAUGGCGUCUCCCUUGAAGGGGGCUUGGACCUGGAAAAUCUAGCCAUUGUCAGUAGUGUCUUUCUUCUGUAAAAAGGCCUGUUAAAAAAAACAUUUACUUAUCAAACGGGAUAUUUUUCAAGACAAAGACGUCACCAUGGGGACUGUCCACGCCAGGAGUAUGGACCCUCUCCCGAUGCACGGUCGUGACAUGGGCGUUCAUCCCGACGACAUGAUUGAGAUGCAGGAGGCAGAACAUGAGACUAAACAGGAGGUCCUAGAAAACAAAGACGUUGUUGUCCAACAUGUCAACAUUGAGGGCUUGGGAAGAACCAAAGAGGAUCUGCUGGGCUAUGAAAUCUCAGAGGUCUUCGAUGCUAAAAACCUUAUUGAUGUCAUGAAGAAGUCUCAUAUUGCCAGACAGAAAUUGCUGCGUCUGGGCAUUUUCAAAGAGGUGGAGGUCGUCAUUGAUACAUCAGAUGGUGCGGAUGCGUUGCCCAAUGGUCUGGACGUGACGUUCGAGGUGACAGAGAUGAAGAGGCUGACAGGCAGCUACAACACCAUGGUCGGCAACAACGAGGGCAGCAUGGUGUUGGGUGUGAAGCUUCCUAACGUGUUUGGCCGUGCGGAGAAGUUAACCUUCCAGUUUUCCUACGGGACCAAGGAGACUUCCUACGGCCUGUCCUUCUUCAAGCCCCAGCCAGGCAACUUCGAACGCAACCUCACUCUAAACCUGUACAAAGUCACAGGCCAGUUUCCAUGGAGCUCCCUCAAAGAGACAGACAGAGGAGUCUCCACUGAGCUCAACUUUCCUUUGUGGAGGACCAACCACACUCUGAAGUGGGAGGGUGUGUGGAGGGAGCUGGGUUGUCUGGCACGCAGUGCCUCCUUCGCCGUGCGAGAAGAGAGCGGGCACACCCUCAAGUCUGCUCUCUCGCACACCAUGUCCAUUGACAACAGGAACUCUGCCAUCUUCCCCAAGAAAGGUGCCUUACUGAGGAUCAACCAGGAGCUGGCUGGCUAUACAGGCGGAGACGCAAGCUUCCUGAAGGAGGACUUUGAGCUGCAGGUCAACAGACGGCUGGUCUGGGACUCGGUCCUCUCUGCCUCCCUCUGGGGUGGGUGUCUCCUCCCCAUUGGAGGUAGACCGUCCUCCAUUGCUGACAGGUUCUAUCUGGGCGGUCCCACCAGUGUGCGAGGAUUUGGAAUGUACAGUAUCGGCCCACAGAGCGAGGGUGACUACCUGGGGGGAGAGGCAUACUGGGCAGGCGGGCUCCACCUCUACACUCCUCUGCCCUUCCGUCCGGGCCGGGGCGGCUUCGGAGACCUCUUCAGGACACACUUCUUCCUCAACGCUGGGAACCUGUGCAACCUCAACUACGGAGAGGGUCCAAGAGCACAUCUACAGAAACUGGCGGAGUGUAUGCGCUGGUCGUAUGGAGCAGGCAUUGUGUUGCGUCUCGGGAACAUCGCCAGGCUGGAGCUCAACUACUGCAUUCCCAUGGGGGUUCAGAGUGGGGACAGGAUAUGCGACGGCGUCCAGUUUGGAGCAGGAAUCCGUUUCCUGUGAUGUCAUCACCCUGCCGCCCGGGUCCAGCAGCAGAGAGCACAAUGGGAAAGGGAGAAGAGCAUUGUCACUUGUUAUCCGUUGAGUGUAACACUAGCUGUGGGAGCCUACCAGAAUGCACAGUCCUGGAGGAGUGCCCCGCCCCCUUUUUGAUAUCACCCACUAUGUUUGCUGUGUUACUUUUGCACCAACCAAUUACGUUUCUGGCCAAAGAGAUUUGGGCAUAUAUCUCCCCUGCCUUCCAGGACUGCUGCCUGCCCUAUCCAUAGGGAAGUGACUAUUGGUUUUGGUUCUAUAUUUAUUUUACCUUAUUAGAACUCUUGCCAACUGAUUUGUCAAUAGAAUCCUGUACAUGCCAAGAUGCUGAGGCAAUAGAAGGGAUCAAAUUUAAUGGGAGAACAUAUAACCAGCACUUUGUUUUGAUGACAGAACUCACUUAGCCCAUGGAAGGGAAUUGACAACUCAUGUCAAAACGGUCAGUUCUGCUAUUUGACGUGUAGAAUUGAGUUGACUCCCCCUCUCCACAGCAGCCCCUGUGAAUCUGAGUUGGGAACCCCAAGUGUGACCCACCACCAGUGCUCUUACUGUUAGUCUUCUUUUUAAUGUUGUCUAAGUUAAGUUACACAAUAAAUCACAUUUGUUCCCCUUAA